UACUCCAUCAACACCCCUCAGAGUCAGUGGAGAGCCCGAGCACCUGUGUGAGAGUUGCAGAGUUGCAGCAUGUUUCGCGCUCCGCAUCUUUUUCGCGUGGCUUUCUCUUAACGCGCUGAACAUUUCUGGAGGACAUCUCUUUUCCAGCUCAUGUGAGAUCUCAGCUGUCUUUGGAAUGAUGGGGACCUUACAUGACAGUAUUGGAUUUGUGCUCUUUUCCUGUUUGUCCAUUCAAGUCGGAUUUUCUCUUGACGGAAAGUUUACCGAUUUCCCCACUAACAUCACUGCAAGGGAGGGACAGAACAUCGAAAUGGCAUGUGCCUUUCAAAGUGGGAUGUCCUCGGUUUACUUAGAGAUCCAGUGGUGGUUUAUUCGAGCUCCGGAGGAACUGAUUACGAGCGAGGAGGAUGAGGACGAUACGGAGAUGGAGCUGAUUCCAGAUCCGGAUCCAGAUGAGGAAGGGACUAAAAUAAGUACAGUCAAGGUCCAAGGAAACGACAUCUCCCACAAGCUGCAGAUCUCUCGGGUGAGCAAGAACGACGAGGGUCUGUACGAAUGCCGCGUCACAGACGCCAACUACGGAGAGCUGAAGGAGUACAAGGCUCAGGCCUACCUUAAAGUCAACGCCACCGUCCGCCCGCGCAACAGGGCCAUUAAAAAGAGCUCUCCGCUGCACCUGACCGAUAAGAAACCCCGCAAGAGCAGCUCGGCUCUGGGCCAAGACGGCAUGAGCUCUGACCAGAGGGCCCAGUCCACUUCUACCUCGCAGACGUCACACUCCAAAACAGUGGAGCACAGCACAGGGUCAGGUAUGAGGAUAUCCACGAGCAAUGGACUCGCCGUUCUCCUGCUCACGACCAGCCUCGUGAGGGGAGCGUGGCUAUAGUGACUCUUUUUUUUUUUUCCCGGAAUCACUCUUAUUUCAGAGCCAAGAGAAAAUUGCCUGCUAUUUGGACAGAGCGGACGGAGCAGUCGUCCCUCAACACUGCACCCAAUGUAGUCUAAUGAUCAUCACCAGAAGCACCUUCCUUUCUAAAGCCCAGGAGAAGGAAACUGCCUUUGGACACGUGCUUCACGCUCCGAAUCAAACUCCAGACCGAACGAACGGACACGGACUCUUAUGGGAUCUCGCACCCAUUAUAUAUAUAUUUUUUGGUUGUUUUUUGUUGACCUUUUAUCUCCAGCUGUGAAUUUAAUACAUGCUCUGAAGUUGCGAAGAGUCUAUAUUUGUGUAAAAUAUGAAUAUAUGAACAGAUAUACAGGAUAUAUAUAUAUAGUAUUUGAUUUCAAAUUCUCUUCACUCUGUACAGCUGCCAUGCACUCGUCGUGUAUUCACAUGCAAAAACAGCCUUGAAGUGAAAAUAACUUAGUACAUAUUGUGUCUGGAUCGCUAAUUGAGCUCAGCUUGGCUGUGUGGUAAAUCACGGUUGGUAUUUAUUUUUUUGGCAUAAUAAAUGUGAGCGUAUGCUUUUGCCCCUCCGUUCUGUCGGUAACGCUGUAAGCUCACGAGUCACGUUAAGUUGGCACGUUGCAUGUUGUGUUGUGAAAGCAGUCUACGGCUGGAAUCAAAUCACACACUCAGUAAUGCCAUUUCAGAGCAUCGUUUCUGUGCUGUUGAAAAGAUAUUGUUUGUUUGGCUCUUAUUUACUUUUUUUUUUUUUUUUUUUUGGAGAGUGUAGGGUCAAAAGAAUCGAUCGAAAGAAAUGUCCUGAGCUUUCAACCUUCACGUCGCUAAAGGUGCUAUAUGACCUUCAACGCUAUUGAAUGCCAUGAUUGUGUCCUUCUAAACAUCUCGAGUAUGAUUCGCCUACGUUUAAGUGCUGAGGAUGAUUGCUUUUCACCUCUUGAAGCCGCUGUCAUUUCCGCGGUUGUUUACCAUCUUCAAAAUCAUGUUGCAUUAUGGAUUUCCACUAAAGCUGACAAAAUCAAUAGUCGUUGACAAUUGGUUUUCUCUCUCAAUCUUUUUUUCUUAAUUUAAAAUGGAAUGGCACUUUCUGACUAAAAGAUAAUAUGUGAGCCUGGAGCACAAGAGCAGUCAUCAGCAGCACAGGUACGUUUGUAGUGAUAUAUUGCAUGGGUCAAAAUUGACAUUUUUUAAUUUUAUGUCAAAAAUCAUUAGGAUAUUAAGUACAGAUCAUGUUGCAUGCAACAUAUUUUUAUAUAUUCCCUACAGUAAAUGUAUCAGAACCUAAUUUUUGAUUAGUAAUAUGCAUUGCUAAGAACUUAUUUGGAAAACGUUUAAAGGAAAGUUUCUCCGAUUUUAGAUUCCAGAUUUUGAAAUUGUUGCAUCAUCGACAAAUAUUUUCAACAAACCAUAAAUCGAUAGAAAGCUUAUUUAUUUAAAAGAAAAAUUACUUUUAUGACUGGUUUGUGGUCCAGAGUCACACACACACACACACACACACGCACACACACACACACACACACAUGCGUACAUACUUAGAUUGCAAGUCAGUAAAGGUGUAACAUUGCAGGACAGCGUUUUUUUACAUCAUUUAGCUAAUUCUAAUGCAAAAGUCAUUCAGUCCAAAACUAAAUUGACCCUAAUUAUUAAACAUCACAAGUGACUGAACACAAUAUGACACCAAAACAUCCUCAGCUGCAGGCGAAACGAAGAAAGAACUGAGUGGCAGAUCUCAUUCUGGUUAAUCAGGGUCAGAUUGAACAUUUUCAGAUUAAUAACCAAGAUAGAGCUUGAGGGGGGAGGGAAAGCAUCGGAAUUUCACAUUCCCUCGCGAUGCCCUUAUAACUGUAUUUUAAAAGUGAUGGUAGUGGUUGAAAAUAAGAUGGUGACAUUUAUCCAGCACUGUGUUAUCAACAAGAACAAGACGUCCCUUAAGGAAUGUCAAGGUUUUGAAAGGAAUCUGAAGCUGCGGUUGAUGGAAUUUAUUUUGUUUGACAUUCUGCUCUUGUAUUGAUGUCUUGAGGUGUUUUAUAUCAUUUAACCAAAGACUGCUGAGAUGGGCAUGUUGCAGUACUGUUUACAAAACACACAAGAGCCCCAUGUAUUAUGCCAAAUCUACGCCGGCUUUCUAAAAACUCAUUUUCUCAGUCAUCAUGGUGGAGUCAUGUGUAGUGUUUGUUUCUCAGUUUUGGCUUUUGAGGCUGUAUUGGGAUUACGCUUGGAUUAAAACAUAAGAAAGAGGGUCUCUCAAAAACAACAAACACAAAACCAACACGAAAUGCUGUCAUGAAAGUCAAAUAAUCAUGUAGCGUUUUUUAUCCUGCACUAACAAAAUUAUGCUUUCCGCUCAAAAACCUCCGUUUGAUGCAAAAUGCACGUUGUGGUUAAUUAUGCUGUAUUUAUGUCAUAAACAUGAUGACAUUUUUAACUAAUGUUUAAGAUGCUUGUUGCAAACUGGUUGGAAGACACACAUCAGCCAAAUGUAUUUGAAAUUUCUUUCAAAUCUUACGUCAGAUUAUCAGUGAAGUUUAGUAAAACUAAUCAUUUUGCAUGAAUACAACUGGCUACUUUUAUUGUAUAUUAAAGGUAGCUUAGUCUUUUUUUUUGAGCAGCAGCUGUAAAGAAAAAACAAAAGUAAGAUUUUUACAAUUGGUACAUUAUGACGUUGCAGGAUAAAAGUUGCUCCAUUGAUGUUUUCUCUCGAGGUUUCUGGAUUGUGACUCCGGCCCGGACGCUGUAAUGUAAACUUAGCUAAGUUCAUUUGUGCUUUGACGGCCGUAAUGAUCCUGAUCCUUAAAAAAAAUGCACCGUGAUAUUUCUUUGAAUAAUGAGACGGGUCGUGCAAUAGAAGGUUGUUCAGCAAGAUUCUUGCCAAAUUGUACUCUUCAUAAUUGGAAGAGUAAUCAUAAAACCAGCUGGAAGCUCUAAAUUCUCCAUAGAUUUAUGGGCAUAUGUGACUUUCAGAGCAGCUGCUAUCCGAGUGUGGUAAUGUACGGCGUAGGUUUGUUGAUUUGAGUAGGUUGAUCUACAUUAAACUUUGUUUUAAGAGGGCACUUUAAAUAGGGCACAUGACGAUGAUGAUGAUGAUGAUGAUGAUGAUCUGCAUUUGUGUGUGCUGUAAAUAGAUGUAAACUAAAUCCAUCAGCUGCAUUUCAACACAGGACGCCUGCUGUUAUAAAGACAGUUGGGUUGUCAUCCUUCACAAACAAACUCAUUAAAUUAAAAGGCAUAUACAGAUGAGCGUGAUUGGGAUGAAUAUAUCUGAUGCCUUGUACAGCCUGUGUAAAAGUCACUGUAAACAAAGCCGCAUGGUUUAUUUCCAUUUCUUACUCGUUUCCUUUUUUACUCAGAAGGGACAAAUUGUACAUGCGUAUGGAUUUAUCGAAAGGACAGAAAUGUUAUGUGUGCGUUUUGUGUUGCCAUCUGUUUGGAGAACUCUACGGGAGAGACUUUCCGUCCUUUGGGAAAUGGUUUUGGCCAAACCUCUGGAGAUAUCAGCUGGGUUUUGGAAAGCUAACUCUGACAGAACAGAGAUUAUAUUUGACGAAACAGAGAGACUCUUUGUGUUCUCGAAACAAUAAGCGAAGACGGAGCCGCUUCUUGGAUCUCUGGAUGUCGUUUUGGAUGCGUACGUGUCGAUUUAUGCAUGUGAUGAAUCCACUGUACAAGCAUACGGAGAUCAAUCCUUGCACUCCCAGGAUCUGUGUUUCAGAAAGUCUUCUUCAAAUGAGUCAUCACAGGGAAUCUGUAUAUAUAUAUAUGGAUCACCUCUUUGCCAUCUUGUUGGAGUCAUAAUUAAAUGUUUACUGGACUCUUUCAAAUACAUGACAUGAUUAAAAUGUAAAGCUGUCAUGGCUGAGCAAAGCUGAAGUUUGUAAUAUAAGACAAAAUGAGCCAAAUUUUAAUAAACUAUCUUCACGGGCUGUCUGGAGACAGAUUUUUUUAAUGAGA